GCCAGGUCGUUCGCCGUCGUUUUUGUCGUCUGCGUUGGCCAACACUCGGUUUUUCCGUGCCAGUGCUUACAGUGGUUGUAUGCAACGUACUACUACGCCUAGAUUUUACUCGACAGGUUCUUUCUGAGUAACAGAAAAGAGAAACAACGAAACGCGAGAAAACGCACAAAAAAGGGACAAUGGAGACACAUUAUUCCCCUUGGAUGCCGUCGCUGGCAGCAGAAGGACAACGACGUCCUCCCAGUGCGGUUGAUGACUGGUCGAAAGAUCGUUCCGCGACACCAUCCGCAACACCAGGAGCCUCAACGUCGAAUUCCCUUGAUAUCAACGAUCUCAUUAGUGACAUCGGUGCAGCACCAUCGGGAUCGCCAACGUCGCCGUUCUACAAUUUUCAACAAACUCAAUACUAUGUUCACAACCAGCCUGGACCCUUCAACACAAUGCCAUACGGUUCGUCAUCGUGGUCUACGGCCUCCCUUCCUCUUUCCUCGUACUCCAGCUUGAAAGGCGCAACAUCAUCCGGUUCUUCCAUGUCUUCCCAAAUUCAGAGCCAUCAGCCUCAGUCACAGGUUCCAACGUCAGCACAGUCGCCCGCAAAUGAAUCGUCGAUGGUGAUCGACCCCGCGUUAACCUCCAUGAAUAAUGCCAGUACUUCAACGAUUAAGCAACAACAACAACAAUUCCCUCAGUCAAAUUCUCCACAGACAGCCACAACGUCAUCAUACCCAUAUUCCACGUAUUCUGGUCUAUCCGUCUCGCCGUCGUAUAUAUCAUACUAUCCACCGCAACCCCAGCAACAACAGUCACCCCCGUCACAAGGGACCCUUUCCCCUCAAGCCCUGCAUGCCUCAUCUCCUCCGUCAUCCCUCCUUGGAACAAUAACCCCCUCUCAAUUCUACGGAAGUGCCCCCCAAAUGCAGCAGCAAUCUCAACAGCAACAACUUCCACCACAACUGACGCUACACUCCAUGGCAUCAGGCUCCGGAUCACAACCACAAGUUUCGCAGGGACUCACCCUGGAACAGCGUAAGCAGCAACUCCAUACCAGUCUCAAGCCUUUGCUUCAGUCAUCAGCAUUCACCGGGGCACAAGCUGUUAACACGCUUAUACAGCGUAUUGAGAACUUUGGCAUUCAGGAACUUGACGCCGGUUUGCGGCUCGAGAUUCUGACAAAGAUAAGAGACGGUGCCGGAAACCACUAUUUUCGUGCAUGGGGUGAGAAUCCCGGUGCGAUGGACAUCACCAGAGAAUGGCUCAAGGCAGCGUACAUUGCGAAGGACGGCGACCCCCUUGCAGAGACAACCAUGCCUCUGUUGCACAUUAUCGAUCGAUUACCUCUAACGUUGGAGUCGCUCAAGAACUCAAAGCUUGGCAAAAUGGUGGUCAAGAUCGUCAAGGAUCCUCCUACACCUGCGAUCAAGGAUAUGGCAUCCAACGUGGAACGAAGGUGGCGCCAACUCGUAGAGGGAGCGUCAAAGGCCGGUCCAACAACCAAUGGCCACAGUAGCAACAAUGUCCCAGCAACGGCAGCUAAGAAGCGGAAGCUCAGCGAGCCUGCGAAAGCCCCACCCGCAAAAAAACCUGCUGUGGGGUUAUCGAAACCAGCCACGAACUCUGCACCUCCAAUGUCGAAGUCAGCAUCAGCUCCGCCAGUGAAGGACGCCAAAUCGGAUUCAUCCUUCUUUUCUGCCCCGAAACCCAAACCCCGGUUACCGACUUUCAAAAAAGCGCCUCCACCGGUCAAGAAGGAGCCGACAGCGGGACAACUGGAUGUAAAUGUUGCACAGCCUUCUUCGAUAGAUCCCUUCCAGGAGGUCCUCAAGUCAAUGGGUAAAGCGCGGACGCAGUCGCCGGUGACAACGGCGACUCCCCCGACGUCUACACCGACUCCUACGACAAACACAGGUUUAACUAAGUCAGGGAAGAAAAAGAAAGCUGUUACGUGGGCACCAGAAGGCAAAUUAGAGUCUAUCAAGCUAAUUGAGAGGGCCGUCUACGAUGAUGACCCAGUGGGGGAUGGUAUGCACCAUCAUCACAACAGCUUGCGUGAUCUGGACAGGGGAGAGGGAGCUGCGCUUCACGCACAUCUCUUCGAGGAAACGUUGGAUUGGUCAGAGCCUAUUCUGAUCGAGAUUCCUGAUGACAUAGAAUAUGUAUCACGGGGGAUAGCCAGUCAAGAGAAGACUGUCCAAGAACAACGAGAACAAACUGCUCUCGUUGCGAUCUAUUUGAGCGACGCUCACAUACCUGAGUCCCCUGGUGAACCGACGAACAUAGUAGAUGCAGAGGAAAUGGGCAAGGAAGCCGUUAUAAUGACCUGUGGGACCGAGGUAGACGAGGAAUUCUUUAGCGGUGAGCACCAGCAACAACCAGCCCCCAAUUUCGCCACAGUUGCAGACUUGGUUGCUCAACUGGCAACUGGGAACCCCAUUAUGGGCGUGAGCGGUAUGAAUAACAACAACAUUGGGGUGGGAGAUGAUCUUGGUAUGGCUAACGGAUCCAACAACACUAGUCACGGAGGUAUGCCAACUUCGUACAUUGUUCUUAAGCAGGAGAAAUUCCGCAUCAUGAGCAUUCUGAAUAAUGAAAUCUAUUGCAUAUCUAGAUUCAAUGGCUACGUUCCAACAACUACAGUCGUUAUCGCAAGAGCAGGUCCAAAUGUUACUUCAGCACAUCAAUCCGACUGCUCUCGGAUUAGGACAUGGUCAACCGGGAGAUUCACUCGCCGGCGGCGGGCCGGUAUCCGGGAGUUUUUCUGAAUAUGGAUAUCACGAUGAUGGAGGUGGCGGUGACCGACCGUGGGCCGAUGCCAAUAGCGGGAUCGGUGGUCGAGGUCGUGGAGGUGGACGUUCCCGUGGACGAGGUCGAGGAGGAGGAGGACCGGAAGGAGGGUUUAGACACAAUAAAAGAAAACCAUGCAGUUUCUUUCAAUCUGGAAGAUGCAAGUAUGGGGAUCAGUGCGACUUUGUACAUGAGUUGGUUUCGUAGCAGGCGCUCGUCCAUUCUUUUAUUUUUUAUCGUUUCUUGGACAUGGCGAAUGAGAUUAUACCUCUCCUUCCACACGUUCCCUCUCUUGCAACGCAUUUUUUGUCAUUCAGUAGUGCAUCCGUACAUUUAUUCAUCCAUAGUACUUUAGACCGCAAUCCAAUACUUAUGAGGAUACAGUUCCAAUGCUACC